CCCGAGAAAAUGCCUUAAUUUUCUCCUCCACCGUGGACAGCAUCCAAAAAGAAAAAGAAAGAAAACACAGAGAAAAACAAGACAGUAAAAACCCAAAGAUGGGUCCAUUCAUUUCCCUCUCACGGAGAUCACAAACAAUAAUCUGCAACCCAUAAUCACAAAAUAAGAAAGAAACUCCAUAGAUCUCCAUCUCAGAAUCUCUCUCUCUUUCCUUCCCCUACCUGCAAAAAAUAAAAAUAAAAACUCUUUCUUUUUUUCUUUUUCUUUUUUUGAAAUCUUUCAAUGUUGCCUUUCAGAUUCAAACCUUUGCAAUCAACAUCAACCUGAAAUAACCCCCACCUUCAUGUAUAUUUACAUGUCUUCCUCUCUCUCCCCAAAUUUAUUGAGAGGUUUCAUGUUUGAUUGGUGAGCUUCAAAUGUAAUCAACCUUGCAUCCCUCAAAGCCCCAAAAUUUCAUUGUUGUUCUUGUUCUUGUGCUGGUUUAAAUCAGAAUCUAACUACCCACAUUGCCAAGAUCUGAUUUUUAAUCAAUGCCCACUUCAAUUUCAAAACUUUGCCUCACUAAAUCUCAUACAUUGUAUCUGUUUGCUCCCCAUUUAACCCCAGAUCUAUGACAGAGAUCUAGGUUAGGGUUUGGUUUCCCCAAAUUUCAUAAUUUAUCAUACUGCCCCUCAUGGCUUUUUGAUCUGAAGUCUCUGUCUUUAUUUGAUAUUUUCAUAAAAUUCACCACAAUGCUCAAGCAAUUCCUCAGUAAACUCCCGCGAAAGGCGCUCAAAUCGGAUGAGCGGCCCGAGUCGCCGCGCACGAGCACGCCGCGGUCCAGCUCCCGGACCGGACCGUCCGGGGUGGGCGGAGGAACCCCUCGAUCCAACGGUGGAGGUAACUUGGGCCCGGUUCGAUCAAACGGCCCGAAACGCAUGUCAUCGGCGGUGUUCCCGGCGAGUGUGGUAGCCGGUAUCGAGCCUUUGGUGCCAUUCAAGGACGUGCCCACUUCGGAGAAGAUGAACCUCUUUGUGAGCAAGGUGAGCCUUUGCUGUGUAACGUUUGAUUUCACAGACCCAACUAAGAAUUCUAUAGAGAAAGAUGUUAAAAGGCAGACAUUGCUUGAACUUGUGGACUUUGUAGCAUCUGGGUCGAUGAGAUUUAGCGAGCCUGCUAUUUUGGCAACCUGUAGAAUGUGUGCUAUUAAUCUGUUUAGAGUUUUCCCGCCAAAUUACAGGAAUGGUGGUGGGGGUGAAAAUGAUGAUGAUGAGCCCAUGUUUGAUCCUGCUUGGCCACAUUUGCAAAUUGUGUAUGAAUUACUGCUUAAAUUCGUGACUUCUUCGUUUCUUGAUGCGAAAAUAGCGAAGAAGUAUGUAGAUCAUUCGUUUAUUUUGAGAUUGCUUGAAUUGUUUGAUUCCGAAGACCCUAGAGAGAGAGACUGUUUGAAGACCAUUCUGCAUAGGAUUUAUGGGAAGUUCAUGGUUCAUAGGCCGUUUAUUCGCAAGGCUAUAAACAAUAUAUUCUAUCGGUUUUUGUUUGAGACUGAGAGACAUAAUGGGAUUGCUGAGUUGCUGGAGAUAUUCGGGAGUAUUAUUAGUGGGUUUGCAUUGCCGUUGAAAGAGGAACACAGAAUGUUCUUGUGGAGGGUUUUGAUUCCUCUGCAUAAGCCAAAAAAUCUGGGGUCUUACUUCCAGCAGUUGUCGUAUUGUAUCACGCAGUUUAUAGAGAAGGAGCCAAAGUUGGCUAGUGUUGUUAUAAAGGGUUUGUUGAAAUACUGGCCAAUAACAAGUAGUCAGAAAGAGGUGAUGUUCUUGGGUGAGUUAGAAGAGAUUUUGGAGGCAGUUAACAUGGUGGAAUUUCAGAAGGUCAUGGUCCCUUUGUUCUGCCGGAUUGGAUGCUGUAUUAACAGUUCCCACUUCCAGGUGGCUGAAAGGGCCCUUUUCUUUUGGAACAAUGACCACAUUGUCAACCUAAUUGCACAUAACCGUCAAGUGAUCCUGCCCAUCAUUUUACCAGCUUUGGAGAGGAAUGCUCAUAACCACUGGAACCAAGCAGUGCUCAACUUAACUCUAAAUGUCAGAAAGAUGUUUGUGGAGAUGGAUGAUCAGCUAUUCCUCUCCAGCCAUGCUCACUAUAUGGAGGAAGAAGCAAAGCAAAGUUCGGCAGCCAAGAAGCGGAAGGAAGCAUGGGAGCGGUUGGAGAAUGCAGCUAGUCUCCAGCCAGUAACUGGAACUACUGCUGUUCUGGUAACUUCCCUAGCAACCUCAAUCGCCUGUUAAAAUAUUAACUUUUGAACUGAUGUUAUAUCCCAACCGUUCCUUUUCCGGUAUUUCCUCUCUGUUUUUUAUGGUGGUGGGGAGAUUACAAGUAAUGUAUGGAAAAAUGGCUGUAGUUUGGGGGUGGGAUUUUAUUGUCAUGGUCCUUUGGCAGCCAGUAGUUGUAACCUUGUUUCCAUCGUGUAUUCCUCUGCUGCUGUGUGGGAUGUUAAUUGUUUCCCUCAGAAAGGUUUCUGGGGAGGGCCAUGCAAUGACUUUCCGCAAUUUUCUGUACUACUACUAGCUUAAUGGAUUCCUUUUUGCCCUUUGUAACC